AUGUUUCAGUUGGUAACACUGCCUGGUCUCGAUCUGGAUCUGGUGCUGACUUUCUCCAACAUCACCUGCAAGCUCAUCAAAAACAAGACGAAAUUACCAUCAGAUGCCAUGGUUUUGGAUGGAGAUUCUCUUGAGUGCUUGCUUUCCAAGUUCUUUUUUCCAAAACAAAAAGACCAAAUGUAUCCUGUUGCUAGUAAAAUUAUUGGAUCAGUGAUCAAACUUGCCGGAUACGCUCAAAGAUUUUUCUCUCCAGAAUUUGCUACGAAAUUGCUCGAGUUGUAUUUUCCUCGGAUCAAUAUUCAUUAUUUUCCCAGCAUGAUCACUCGUCUUUCAGUUGUGAUGCUUCUUCUUCCCGUAAAUGUUGUUCCGAUAGCACCAAAAGAUAUGACUGUUCAUGUCAGUUUAUCAGAAACUCCAAAGUUUUUUUGGAUUUCAACCUUUUUUUCAAUCUGGCAAAUGGUUGUUAAUGUCCCCACAUACGAUAUGUUGUUUAUUGACUUGUUUGGACGACUUGCCGAGGAACAGCUUGCUACCCCCGAGUACUGUGCUUGGACAGAUGAUCAGAUUCGCGUAAUCUUUACAAUUGGCAUGAAAAACUUUGGUCUUCCUAUUGGCAGUGGAUCUAGUGGCAUGGAGCGUAUGCCUAUUCGAAAACACGAUUCUGGUUUGCCCAUACAACCAAACGGAAGCGACAAGAACAUUCAAUUGAUGGAAGGCAUGUCAAAAAGCAAAGUGGAAUAUCUGGCCAAGUUUAUUGUGUACACUAUAUUUCCACCGCAAGUCGAUUCGAAACAAUAUUCUACCAAAACGCUCGAGCAUUUAGAAAUGUUGAUUCAAGCUAUUGAGAGCUUUUUCCAUCCUUCAAAUACAGGAAAAUGGUCAUUUCCUAUUUCCCAUUUUAUCAAGACAUUGUCUCAAGAGUUUGUCAGUCGUUGCAAAAAUGAAGAAGACCCAGAAACUAAAGUUCCUCCGCAUUACAGGAUCACGGCUGAUAUCAAACAGCGAUUUGUGAUGCUUUUAAAAACCGUAGCAUAUUUGGGCAUGUUUGGUAAAGAUUCACGAGCUGUGGCAUACUCCAACAGCACGCUCAAAUAUUUGUCUUGGAUUGAUCCUGAAGCAGUGUUUCCCAGUUUACUUGAACGAGUAUAUCCAUCUCUUGAAGCUCUUAAUGAGACUCACCGCACUAUUUCGUGUAUCUCUGCUCUCAAUACCACUGCUCUUUCUCUUAUACACUCAAGUCAUUAUCCUGACGGUGGCCAUCAUUUGACUUCACUGUUGCAUCUUACGCUUCCAGGGUUGGAUAUUAACGACAUUUCCAAAUCAAACUCGACUUUAAUGUUUAUUAGCAACGCUAUAAUGACGGUUCCGAUUUUUGACGUAUCGGCAAGUAGCUAUAGUAUGCCUACUGGUAUGGAAAAAGAAAUAGUGUCGAUUUAUGAGUCUCAUGAAAAGCGUCGUUUAUCCACUGCUGAAUUUGAAUCAUGGGUUUCCAAAUACCUUGAUCGAAUCUUUGCCAUUUUUGAAAAUCUGCCUCAACAGUACGGUGCUGGUCAAGGAUCAGAAAUGACGGCAGAAACAACGCUGUUGGAUAUGUUGAUGUACACCAGUGAGAUGAUAUUUUCACAACUCUCUGAUCAGCUGGAGAAUAUGGUUUUAAGAAAAUUAGUCGAUUUUUGUGGGUCCAAUGUGAUAUCGUCUGCUACCAAAGCCAUUGGGACUUUGUGCUGCAUAGUGGCUCGUGCUAAUCCACGUAAGCGACUGGCAUUGUUUGUUCCGCUUUGCUGCAAUAGUAUUCGUGAAGAAAUACAUCACGGCGCAGGCUCAAAAUUAUGUAGCAAGCUGUCAGCCAACUCCAAUCCGUUUAAUUUCGCAUCCAUGUCAGAUGCUGCUUUGCACUGGCACCAAUCUAUUCUUCUUUCGGUUGUUUUAAAUUCUGGCGAAGCUUUGCUAGAGUAUCAAAGUGAGAUCUCAUCUAUUCUUGACGAAUGUGUGACAAAGUGUGUUUCGCGAAGAGGGUACAAAUGGGCAGGUAAACUACUUCGCAAUAUUCUUUUUAGUCUGACUCGUGUCUAUCCCCGUGAAGCACGUAGUCAUGCAAAGAAGCAAUGGGAAAGCACCGAGUUUCAAGAAUCGAGCCACAUGCACUGGGGUGAGAUGUGUACACUGGAAACCGUAGAUAUUCAAUGGCAUGUUCCUACCACUAAAGAAAUCCAGUUUGCAAGGGUAUUGCUAGAGCGGUAUAUGACACUUGCAACCUCUCAACUUGAGUUAUACAUCACAUCUUUGACUUCUUCAGCAAGUCAGGCGAAUCCUAGCGGUGGUGGUGUAGAUAUUGGCAAGUGGCUAUCACUACUCAAAAACUGUUUAUAUGGAUCUGCUAUUUUACUUCAACCACAGCCAUCCAUGUCGCUGAAUGACGAAAUGGAUGAUCUGGAUCAUUACAUGAUGCGAUUUCGUCGAAUUCCACCGAAUAUAGGUGCUUGUUUCUCCGAUCCAAACUCUGCUGAAUACAAAGAUUGUUUGUCUCAAAAAGAAACCAGUUACGACGUGCUUCAUCGUCUUGCUAGAAUCAUGCAUAUACAUUGCUCCAACGAUGUUGAAUCUAUUCAAAGUUUACUUUCUUGCAUGGAUGUAUGCAUUUCAUUUGCUGGUGUAAACACAGCUUCCUACGAUUCAUCUAUGCGUUUAUACAAGUACAUGAAAUCUAGUGUGUGUCUGACAGAAAAUCAGAAAGCUUAUCCGCGAUGCCUGAUUAUUCAGCGCGAAAAACUGAUUCAUAUGUCAAGACAAAAACAACUGAGCAUGCAGCGUGAACUGACUCCAAAGCUGAGAAUCAUGAUUGAGCAGGAUUUACCUGUAUUUUGUGUUUCUGGAUACAUUCCUGUACGAAUUCGAGCACAAAAGGCUUUGACUGAGGCAUUAAAGUGCUUCCCUGUAACAAGAUUCAUGGUUUUUCCAAAAGUUUUAAAGUAUUUGGAACCAACUGCAAUAGAAAAUGAGUUGAGCUCAAGUCAGAUGAAAGGUGCACUUUAUCUUUUUCGAUCUGGGGCUUUUCAGGAAAUGGUACUGUAUCACUGGAAAUACACCCGUCUGUAUUUAAAUACUCUUGUUCGCGCUCAGCAUGAUGACAAGCCUUCAGUACUCGAGUUGAUUCGCAAAGCAUAUAUUUUAUUUUUGAUGCAAAUGUCUGGAGUAUCGUACGUUACACCUUCUAUUACUGAUGCAUUGAUGAAGUUGAUUACUGGACUUCAUUGCGAUGACGUGGCGCUAUUGAAGACAAAAGCUCUUGUAAAGGAAAGAUUUGAGAAAGCCAGAGUUGAAUAUCUUGAAUUGAUCGAAUCUCUAGUGUCGUUUGCACAAGACAAUUCUUCUCAUUGGCGAUUCACUGCUAUGGCUGCAAAUCUUGUUGACGUACUUUUGAAAGUUGAUGAGCCUGUAUCGCCGACUAUUAUGCAGUUUGCAGUGUCUAAUGUGAUAAAUGAGCACCCCAUAAUGCGCCGAAAUUGUGUGUCGCUGCUGACACACAUUUUGGUGAUUCUUAAACAUCGGGCUACAAAACAAGGCACUUCUUAUAUUGCUGAAUUGAAAAAGCAGAUUCCUCGUUCUGAUCUCGUUCAUCCAUUUACCUUGGAUUCAAAUACCGACUCGUUGGAAAACACACAGUUUAAUGACCAACUAGAUUGCGGAUGGCUAGCUCAACCUCAUACACUCACUGUUUAUAAAGGCGUUCGGGAAUUUACGCAGGAUGCAGUAUUAUCUUUCCACGAUGCCACGUCAACAAAAGCUCAUGACAUUUUAUUCAGCGGAUUAGAGGAUCCAUCUUUUUGGACAAUGAUUGCAACGUAUUCAUCACAAGAGGCAUCCAACUCAGUAGAGCCAUUUUCCAAUUCUACUGCAAACUUGGUGAAACGUAUCGCCGGCUUAUUUGAAGAUGUUUUACUGAAGCACCUAUCGCCAAUUAUUGAAUCGUUUGUUGACAAACCGGAAAAUAAGAGUGCUCAGCGAGCAGGGGCAGAGCUACUUGCAGGUGUUCUUCGUGGCGCAAAACAUUGGUGCACACUUAAACAGAAUGCGCUUUGGACAUGGGCCAUUCCACUUCUUUCGCGAGCAUUUACACAGGCUACAUCGGAAAGCAUUCAGUACUGGAUAGAAUGUGUCAAGUUUGUAACACUAGCGCGAGAUCCUCGCAGAUUACGUCCUCUCAUCAGCCUUAUAUUAGACAACAGUUUGGAACUAUCACCAACAUCUUUUUUUUCUGAAACCAAAAAGCUAGUUUUGGCUGGGACAAUUGUGUCUGUUUUUGCAAACCAUUUACGAGCUGUAUCUGAUAAGCUUUUGGAUGGAUAUUUUAAAGUCAUACAAAGCCCCUAUGCACAAGUGAGAGAAAGUCUUGGUGCUUUGCUGAAUCAACUUGUACAGCUACAAUGGCAUCCAAAUGCAGCAAACACUACUGUAUUGAUGGAAGUGCAUAUGCAGGAGUGGGCCAAGGGAGGACCAAAUUCAACCCAAAUGUCUACUUACCAUGGCGGGAGUUUGUCAUCUAAAAGCCUAGAUCAGUCUAAUUGGCAUGGAAUAACUGUUCCUAUUUAUUUACAGGGACACGCUUCUAUCUUGAUUCAGAAACUGGUGAAUGAACGUAUGCCCCAAUGGCGACUUCAUCCUCGAGAUCCCAGUUCCUCUUGUUCAGAUUACGGAAAUGCAAGCAAAACUCUUUUAGCAUGGUUGACGGAUGCUCUAAUGUCAUUCCGUGUUGCAGGGAUAUAUCCAUAUAUGCCUAUGAUGCUUCCUUUAUUGUUUGAGAUGCAGGAAUUUUGGGAUGGAGAUUUACAAAUUGGAGCAGCGGCUGUAGCUAAACUGUAUCCACACUUUCACCAUCAUCCAAAGCUACUAUGUGAAGCGUUAACCACGCUGCUUGAUUUUUUGUCUGAUCGAAAUAUGAUGAAAAGUGAUUCAGCAGCUGUAGAUGAGAUUCAGAUGGUGGAAUAUGGAUGGCAUUUAAAAGUGAGAGUCAUGCCUGUCUUGCAAGUCCUUUUUUUCCGGCAUUUGCAUAUGAUUCCACCUGCAUUUAUCAAUCAGAUUGUGAUGGAUGUGUCUGCUUGUCUUGGCGAUCGACAAGUUGAGGUACGACAAAUGGCGUCAGUGACGCUUGGAGGUCUCGUAAGAUGUUCACCCUAUCCACCAUUAAUUUCGAUGCUGACAUCGACGUUUGAAAAGCAACUUGAACAAACUCGUCCUGCCAAAGACAAAUCUAAAAGUCAACCUGCCGACAUCAAUGCAGCCGCACGACUAGUGAAACGCCAUGCAGCCGUGCUUGGACUUGCAGCACUUGUACAGGCGUUUCCAUAUCAUGCCCCCGAGUGGAUGCCUAAUAUUCUAGUGGUACUUUCUACCUGUAUUUCCGAUUCAGCUCCUAUCAGGACAACGGUAUCAAAGACGUUUGCUGAUUUCAAGCGCACACAUCAAGAUAAUUGGAUGCAGGAUAAACUAGUGUUUACUGAGGAGCAAUUGACCGUAUUAUCUGAUUUGCUUAUUUCUCCAAGCUACUAUGCCUAGUUUAUAUUGGCAUUUGCUUGGUAUUUAUUCAAGGUGCUAUAAAUUUAAACAAUGCAAAUAUUACUCUGUCAGAUUUGUGUCAAAGAAUACAAGUAAAUACU